CGCGUGCCAUUCCCGGGGGUCACCAGGUCGUCGUCCUAUUACUAUUAGUCUAUUGUCUACCAACUCUCAUUCUACCCCCACGCGCAUAUCAGUGCUCGGUCGCAUCUAAUUUCGAGAAAAGAGAAUAUAGUAUUACCCCAUCCCUCUGGAAAUUCCCACUUGGCGACCCGUCGCCCGCAUCUCUCCCCCCAAACAACAAUGGCGACCCUCACCAUGACGAUGCCGCCACCUGCGAAGUCGAAGAAAAAUGCCAAACUGCCCUCGGAAAAUGAACGGUUUAUGCGAGCUUGUUCCGAUAUUGCGAAUGCCCUCAUCCAGGACCAUGAAUCACAGAAGGAUCCCACCAAGCCGCGGAAAGAUAUCAACCUCAACAAGCUGCGGGGUCAAAUCGCCAAAAAGCAUGCUUUAUCCACUCAACCCCCACUGACGGCCAUCAUCGCUGCGGUUCCCGAGCACUACAAGAAGUAUAUUCUGCCCAAGUUGAUCGCAAAACCUAUUAGAACUUCUUCCGGUAUCGCUGUCGUCGCGGUCAUGAGCAAACCUCACCGCUGUCCCCAUAUCGCGUACACGGGAAAUAUCUGUGUCUACUGCCCUGGUGGUCCUGAUUCCGACUUCGAGUAUUCUACGCAGUCCUAUACUGGCUACGAGCCCACCUCCAUGCGUGCAAUUCGUGCCCGUUAUGAUCCCUUCGAACAGGCUCGAGGCCGCGUGGAUCAGAUUAAGUCUCUCGGUCACAGCGUUGAUAAGGUAGAAUAUAUCAUCAUGGGCGGUACAUUCAUGUCGCUUCCGGAGGACUACCGAGAAACUUUUGUUGCUCAACUCCACAAUGCCCUUAGUGGCUACCAAACCGACAACGUCGACGAAGCGGUGCAGGCUGGCGAGAUGAGUAACAUUAAAUGCGUUGGUAUCACCAUCGAGACCCGUCCAGAUUACUGUUUGGACACCCAUCUGAGCAGCAUGCUCCGGUAUGGAUGCACGCGAUUGGAGAUUGGAGUCCAGAGUUUGUACGAAGAUGUUGCUCGAGACACGAACAGAGGCCACACUGUCGCCGCAGUGGCGGAAACUUUCAAGCUCGCGAAAGAUGCCGGCUUCAAGGUGGUCAGUCAUAUGAUGCCCGACCUUCCCAACGUGGGCAUGGAGCGCGAUCUCUUCCAGUUCCAGGAAUACUUUGAAAAUCCCGCCUUCCGAACAGACGGUCUGAAGCUUUAUCCCACCCUCGUCAUCCGUGGAACUGGUCUUUACGAGCUAUGGAGAACUGGUCGGUACAAGAACUAUACCCCGAACGCGCUGAUCGACCUCGUUGCCCGCAUUCUCGCUCUGGUCCCUCCGUGGACCCGUAUCUACCGUGUCCAGCGAGAUAUCCCCAUGCCGCUCGUCACCUCCGGUGUCGAGAACGGCAACCUGCGGGAGCUCGCUUUGGCCCGCAUGAAGGAUUUUGGAACAACCUGUCGCGAUGUUCGGACCCGAGAGGUGGGCAUCAAUGAAGUCAAGAACAAGAUUCGACCUUCGCAAGUGGAGCUGGUUCGUCGCGAUUAUUACGCCAACGGAGGCUGGGAGACCUUCCUGGCCUACGAGGACCCCAAGCAAGACAUUCUGAUUGGUCUCCUACGUCUCCGUAAGUGUAGCGCUACGCACACCUUCCGGCCCGAGUUUACUGGUCAACAGACCAGUAUUGUCCGGGAACUGCACGUCUACGGCUCCGCCGUGCCCCUCCACGGCCGUGAUCCGCGCAAGUUCCAGCACCGCGGAUUCGGCACCUUGCUCAUGGAAGAGGCUGAGCGAAUUGCCCGCGAGGAGCACGGCAGUCAGAAGAUCAGCGUCAUUUCCGGAGUAGGCGUCCGCAGCUAUUACGCCCGUCUCGGCUACUCUCUGGAUGGGCCGUAUAUGUCCAAGAUGCUGGACCCUACUGAAGACGAAGAUUUGUUUUGAGAUAUAAAGGAGUCAGUACCCGGGUGGUAACUCUGAUUAAUUUGUAAUCUCAUAAUGCGUUUCGAUUCAAGAAGACUCCGCUUUUUUUUUUGUGGUAUUUGUCAAAAAGUGCUUAUUAUAUCUCGACCAUGGAUGGGUUGAUGUGCGCAUAGGGGCGUUUCAUGGAGUGUCGGUUUAAACAAAAGCACUUUGCGGCGGCUAUGCACUUUUUUCCUUUUCUACGGAGUACAUAUAUUCUCUUCCUUUUGUCCGAUUAUCACAGCGACGGGAAUGGCCGGCUUACUUGCUUACGAAGAUGGCAAUGACUUAUAGAAUGUGCUGUAUAUAAUAAGCCGAGAAUAGGUGGUUUUGAGAUCUAUUUCUAUACGAAUUAUGAUGAUUGUG